UUUAUUAUGGGUUUACAGAGCUAACCUUGCCAGAAACCAAAAUGGCCGCCAGACCUCGACUGUGGGCAAGAGCAUCUUCUGCUGUACCUCUCCAGGAUCACAUGCUCUUUGUUGGCACAUUGUUGGGAGUGGGUGAGGCGGAAGUAGGUAAGCAGCUUCCCAUUGUGGGCAAUAUGCACCCUCUAUGGACAAAGUGAAGGAGCUCUGGGUUAUAUUCUGAGCACUGUCAGUGGUGCUGGUGUUUGCCACCAUGUUGAAGUAUAUGUUAGUUAUAGUUUAUUGGUCAGGGAUUAGAACAUAGACAAAAAAAAUAAAUAAAUUGGGAAAUAUUUCCAUUUCAGCCUUUUAUCAGACAUGGCUUUUUUGGGUUUUGCAAUUCUCAAUUCAAUCCAAAAUGUUUCUUUGAAUGAACACAUUUUAGACAAUACCAGAAUUAACCCCAAAUAGCAGUUUUGGUGUACUUUUAUUUUGUUUGUUUGUUUUUUAGAUGUUUUUUAAAGAUUUUCAGUUAUGGGUUGGCAUCCUUCAAAAUAAGCAAAUAUGUAUUAGAAAGGUCUGAAUUCUAUACAAAGUGUAGACCCCCUGGCCACUAAUUAAAUAUCUGAAUUCUAUACAAAGUCUCAACCCCCUUCCCCCAUUAACACUGAAUAUCCCUCACUUGUGCAUAUCCAAAGAUAUAGCAACCCAUGCUUUUUGUAAGUGAAAUAGCAAAAGCAAAUACUGUGCAGUACAGUAAGUAGUGAAACCAUUAUGAAAACGUUUAAGCAGGACCUCCGUUUUAAAGGAGGCAUCCAAGCACCAUUAGAACUAUACCAUACCAUAUAAAUACAGUUUGACUAUCAGAUUGCUCCAGGGCACUCCUGGCACUAUAUCCACUACAAUGGGUUGCGAUUAUGGUGCUUGGAAUGUUUAACUGGUGCAUUAACAUUAUGACCCCCACUACCAUUGCAGGGGUGUUAGGGUGAAAGAAUCACAAUAGCGUUAGGAAUACAAAUAUGUUAUGAUGCUUGACGAAUGUCACAUGAUCGAAAGACACUAAUGCUCAUUAUUUGUACCAUUAUUCAACUUGUUUCUAUGCACAUGUACGCAGUUGUGGUUUAUGUAUGUGUUUUGUACUCAUCUGAACGACAAAAUAAAGAAUAAAAAAAAAAAAAAAAGGAAUACAAAUAUGUAUUCCUAAUGCUAUAGCGUCCUGACACCUACAUAAUUCCCUUAUGUUAGGGUUCGAAAGUUGAGUAUUACUUACUUUUCAGCCCUCGCUAUGCUGUUCUCCACAAUCGCGCUACUCACCACUGGAAAAGAUCAUCAGUGAAGAUGCCAUAAGCCAAUCCGGUCUUUCACAUUGGUAGGCUAGUGCACAUGCAAUGCAGAAUGCUAUGCUGAGCCAAUCUUAUAGUCUCUACGAGACCAUCAGUUUAAUUCGGCUAUUGGGGCGGAAAUGCCUCUAGUGGCUGUCUUCCUGGCAGUCAUUAGACUAGAGGCAUGUUAACCCUGCGAUGUAAACAUUGCCGUUCCUAUAGAAUCGUAAUGUUUUCAGUUGCAGGAUUACUCAGAAAGCAACAUGGCAAUCAGACCACUUCAUUGAGAUUAAGUUGUCUGGGUGUUUAUAGUGUCCCUUUAAAGUUUUGCAUCUUUGCAGUAAUUUCAAAAGCUGCUGCAUCUACAACCCAGCCCCAAUUUUGUCCAAGGUGCAUGUGCAGCAUCUGAAUACCACCUGCACUGCCAAAAAGUUUCUCUGGGAGAGCCAUGGUUGGAUUUACAGAUUGGCGAAUUGUAUAAAAUGUUCAUAGUCAACGCAUGUGUGUGAAUAGGGCUAACCUUGAGGCUGAUCGACAACUUCAAGGUCAGCUCUAUUCUGUAUGGAUCUAGUGUCCGUCCCCCCACGGCAGGAGUGCAUCUAACGAUGAGUUCAUGUUGUGCUGAAUGAGGACAGUUUCGUGCCGGACACCAGGGAACUAAAGUGGGACAGUGGAACAAGACCCUAAAAUAAGGUCCAACCCCUUAAAAAUCAGGGUUUUUGGGAGGCCUGUCUUGCACUUCAGUUCUAUUCAGGUCUUUGCGUGCUAGAUAGGAGUUUAUGGAAAAUGUUUAGACUUGGCCAGAAUUGGAUUGGUUGUAAGCGUUUGUCAAUGGUUUAGUAGACAAAGCCGGUAUGCAGUAAAAGGCUGAGUGGAAAUAGAGGCAAGGUGACCGGCAAAGAUGAGACAAAGACAUGGUCAAUGUAGCAAUAGGCCAAACAUCACAGUAUCAGAAACAGCGUUCAGGCCAAAGGUCAAAUACAUGGAAGGCAAUAUAUAUAUAUUUAUAUAUGAAGCAGGAGUAAAAAGGGUCAACUUGUAUGAACAAAGAGCACAGUAUUAGCGAGCAGGGAUGACUGGGAGAGCAAUCUAUUUGUAGGGAGGAGGAAGUAUAUCUCCCCUCCACCCCCCAUUACAUGCUCAAUUCAUCAACACACCCCCUCCAUCAGCAUCUCCCACCCUCCCUUUAAGAUGCACAUGGCUAGGAUUGCGCACCUAAGUAACAUGGCGGCACGAGGAUCAAGCCACAACUCUCAGAAUUGGAUUUCAACCGGGCCAGAGUGCUAGUCAUGGCAUCCUGCUGAAUGCCAUGCGAAUGUUUCCAGCCGUUGUAAGAAAAGACUGAGACCAAACAGAUGUUCUAUCAAAUUUCCCUACCCAUGAAAAUCCCCUACCCUCGUCACUUCUGGUUGAGGGGAAUCAGCUAGAUCCUGUGCUGCACAAGCCUGCUAGCACUCCAGCUGGGGAAGGGAAAUCUGAUAGAGGCUCUGAGCAUGUCCUGGGAACUCCUCAAUAUCAAGGUCCUGGAAUGUAAGUAAAGCUAGUUUUACACAUUCAUUAUAGUUAGUGCAUUCACUAAGCUCAGGACAUGGGACAUUUAGGGUUAAUGUUAGGGCUCAAAUUAGGGUUAGAUUUAGAGGGUUAGUUUAACACCAGCGACACUCCUCAGCCUGGCGUCUUGCAGAGAGAUAGAGGAGGGACACGAUGUGGGAGCACGAGGUGAUUGAAGAUCAGAGUGGGGACCGGACAGCUUUUCAAUUACUUCAUGGUCUGGGCAGCGUACACUGGGAGUUUGGCGCAAAUGCAAGAAGUUCAAAGUUUAACAAUUUUUGAAUAUUGGGUUUAAAAUUCAUUAUGUAUAAUCCAUUACAAUUGUUGUCAACCAUAGUCUAGGGUGCGUUGGCACUAUUCAUUUCAAAUGGAAAUUCAGAUGGUAUGAAACAUCAGGGAUGAGAAAAACUGCAAAUAUUCUUGACAUUGACAAUACAAGGAGUCCUUGGGUGCGUCUUCCUGCUUGUUAACCAAUGUCAAUUAUUCAACUCCACACUCUCUAUACAUAGACAGUGCAUCUAUCAUGAAAGAUAGCCAGCUAGUUUUCAAUCUCUAUUCUCUGUCCUUGGGUGAUUGAUAGCAGUUUUCCUUUGAGCAGGUUCCCCUGGUGUGUUGGGGUCUUUUAGGUUAUUCCCCGACUUCACCCUUUUAAAACAAAAGAAUGCCAUUAAAUUCACUGAUAAUCCAGCACCAAACAGUCUCCACUGGGAAAGCAAUAGGUAUCCUGCUAAGCAUGCAGGGGGUGUUUCAGCACUCAGCCAAGUGUAUACUUCUCACUGAAAAACAUUGACAUCUAUGCUUCUCUAUGUGAAGUAUUAACAUCAUUUGGUACUGUGUUAGGUACGUCAACUUUCCUUGUGUUUUAGUGCCCAUAUAUCUUGGAUUUAAUUAAUUCACCACUGUCUAUUCUUUUAUAUUUCUAUUUCAAACUAUUAGAAUUAGGACCUGCCUUCCUAUCAUCAUUCAGUCACUGUGCCAUUGCUCAUCUACCCUUUCUAUCUUUUUUUUUAAUCUCAGACCAAAAAUGCUUGAAUGUUGGUUGGUGAGUAAAGAUAAGAGACAUGGUCGUAUUAAACUACCACAUGCAGAGAAUCUAGUGAUUGGCCGUGGACCAGAGACCGAGAUAGUGGACAAGAAAUGCUCUAGACACCAAGGUAAAUUUUUAUAAUAAAUUUAAUUAUUUGGUUAUAAACUGUUGCAAUAUUGCUCCAGGUAUGGUUGUGGUCAGCUGUACACAAACAACAGACAGGUCAGCACUAAGUAACCAAAUGGUUGUGGUCAGGGCCUUCUCUCAAAGGUUUGUAGCAGAUUUUUCAGCAGACAAAACCUCUGCAAAAAUGUUUUUUAAAAUGUAUUCUUCUUUACACAGCAAAGGCAUUCAGUAAAAAUAAAGUCUAACUCCAAUUAUCCAGUUAUCUGGGAAUGGAUUUCAGUAGUGAUGGGCAAUUGCAUUUUUUUUUUUGUGUAAAAUACUUACACCAACUAAAAGUCCACUUUAAAUCGAAAUUCUGCAUUGCGACAUGUACAGUAUCCCAUUAAAAUCAUACAUUUUUAUCAAUUCAUAUGAAUUUAAAGGGACACUCUAAGCACGGAACCUUAGCUAAAUGAAGCAGAUUUAGUCUACAUGUCAUGCUCUGCAGCCUCACAUCUAAAUUCUCUACCAUAUGCAAGUUAAAUCACUUUGUUUAUGCAGACCUGGCCACACGUCCUCCCAAACGGUAGAGAAUUGAGCAGGGAGACUUCAGGGACCUAAUCUAUUCACCAAAGCCACUUCAUAAAGAUUAAGUGUUUUUGGUGCUUACAGUGUCCCUUUCACAUAUUUAUAACAUUGUAUUGCUGUUUUUAAUCAGUUUCUUUUUCAUAUUUUGUUUUAUCCUUAUCACCUUACAAAAAAAGUACAAAAAAUAUUUUUGAAUGUGAAAAAUUUGCUCUGUUACGAUUAGAUCACUGUUGUAAUGGGGAAGGUAGUAAAACAAAUCUCUCUUUGAUUUAAACAGUUCAAUUGACAGCAGAUUGUAACAAAGGAUAUGUGAAGGUCAAACAGGUAUGUGGCUGUAUUCGAAUAUUCUAAUUUAUUGUUUAUAUUAAAAGAAUUCCAAGGCACCUUGAUAACGACAGCUCGCUGUUUUAAGCUGUUAAACCAUUUUAGUACGCAUUGACUUCAUAUGUGGAGUCUGUUGGGUGCCGCUCCCUGCCUUCACUCCUUUACACAGAGAGCCAGGAGCACCCUGUCUGAGCUAAGCUCAGUGGCGCAGGACUAGGCUCACUGGCUGGGAGUGAUCAGCUGACACUCUCAGCUAAUCAGCUAGUCCUGCACAUCAGGGCGCAGCUCAGGAGACCAGGUAAUCGGCUAAUCCGUAUGUAGAUCCCUUGCUCACUGUUCCUAAAGGGGCAUCAGCAGCACCUUGCUGAUGAGGCCCAGCAAGACCGAAAAUAAUAUCUGGGGUUUCUGUAUCUCUUGAACAGAGAGAACUGGACAGAUCUGGACAACCCUUUUGAGAGGGAUCAGUCUGAUAAGCAAAUAAUUUAGGUUCUCUCUGUUAAGGCACAAGAUGAGCUAAAACCAGUUUCAGAACUGAGGACCCACCAAAGCUAACUGUGUUGUUGACAAUUCUCAGUAUUCGCUUGCGCCCUGUUUUGGUAAAUUUUAACAAAUAUAUCCAGUUUGUUUUCUAUAAGACACACAUCAUCUCCGCUUUCCUAUAACUCUCUUUAAUGUCAUUUUAUUCAUUGUGUCAUUUUCCUUUUAUUUCAGCACUAUAUUAUACCACCCUCUUAUAAUAUGUAGAUAUUGAAUAAUUCCUUUGAAAAGUGUCUAUCCCUCUGACAAUAGUGAGGAAUAAUUAGUGCCAUCUGGAUCAGAAGAAACAGUAAUUUGUGCUUCUUAAAAAUAAAAAAACUGAUGGUUGCUAGGAAGAAAGAACAUUUUCACAUAGCAACACAGAUUCUGACAUUCAUUAAAAGUAACUGAUGAUGCUUCACAAGUAACCCCAAAUCACUCGUUGUUCCUGACUGCCAUUGACCAAGUUGUAUUUUAUACUUGGCAUCUCAGCCUAUUCUAAGUAUUCUGAGUCUUGCAAUAUACACCCUCUCCUUGUAACACAUGGAUCUCGUUUAGGAUGGCAAACUGUAGUUGUCCACUUCCAGAGCUUUUUUUGAAGCUGUCUGUCAAGCAGAGUAGAUCCCUACUGCAAAUAAUGAUAUAAAAUGCCAUAAAAUAUGAAUAUUUGGGGGAUGUCACUGGAAGCAUCAGACAAUGGCUGUAAAAUGCUGAUAAAAUUAUCAGCCAAAAACGUUAUUAGCAUGCUUUAUUAAUUUAUUAAUACAAAAAACAGUACAAUAUAAAAUAAAAAGAUUUUAUUAACUUUUAAAGUCAAAAUUAAAACAUGAUCAUCAUUAUGGUGAAAGUCUAGUGUCGCUGCAUUUAUUAUAGCACUGUUUGUAAUGACCACCUAUGUUAUGGCACUGAGUACCCUGCUGUAUUGAUGUAGUGUAUCUGGGCAUUAAGGUUAGGGGCGGCUCUGGAUUAGAGGCCAGGGCUUCUAAAUCAUCUUACUGUUACUAAAAACUAAACACAACAACCUACUGUACUCCAAAAAGUGCAAAAUAAAUCAAUGCUUUUUCUUUUUUUUCCCUUCUUUUUAUUGAUAGUUUAUUUUGUCGUAGCUUGUCUGCCACUAACAUCCUGCUUCCCUUGUUGUAGAUAGGGUCUAACCCAACAAGCGUCGAUUCAGUUGACAUCGGUAAAAAUCAAGAAGUUAAGCUGAAGCCUGGAGAAACCUUGCAUAUGGUGAAUAACCUGUAUCCGUAUAUGGUUGAGUUUUUGGAAGGAACUAGUGCGGCAUUUCUGAAAAAAGGGGAAGAGAAAAAAAGUUGUAAUAAGAGGCCAUCUGAGAGCGGUGAUGGUCCGAAGAAAUGUGGGAGAAUGGACACAGAGACAAGUGUUUCCAGUUCUAAAACAAGUAAGAACACCGAGCCCACAACAUCUGAGAAGCCAAACCAUGUUCCCGAGGUAUGUAAAGGAAAGCUUGAGUUCUGUGUUGGUGGGAAAAAUGCUCUACACAUGAAAAAAUUUAUUUAUUUUUUAAUUUAAAAAUGUUUUUAUUUUUUUUAUUUUUUUUACCAUUACCAAAAAAAAAUUAUCCUAAUUAAUUUCCAAUCUACAAGAUAGUGUUUCAAAAUUGUGUUUAAGGCUUGUGUUGAUAGGUCUCCAUAUAGUAGUGUAACUGCCUCAACAUAUGGAAAAUGAGGAAUUGUGAGUAUUUUUUAUUUUUUGUUUAUUUUUGUGAUACGUGCCACCACUACCUUACAACCUUCAGUGGCUGAGCUGCAUUGGUCCCCAGUCUCUUGUCCGGUUGUACCUUCUGUUCUCAGACUGAGUCGCAGAAUAAAUAUUCAUAUAAUGCACUGUCUCCAUAAUAAUGUCACUACCUGUUUUAGUAGAUGUCGGCAAUGAUCAUAAAGUCUACCGUGCUCCCCCGUGUGUCUUCUACUUAGCACUGGAUGGUGUGGACCUCCAUUGAUUUCCCGGUACUUGCUUUACUCUUUCACUGCGAGAAUACAUCUGGCCUCUACUUCAGUAGAGUAUUUUUUUUUACAUUUUUAGCAAACUUGCAAAAAUUGCAGCUGGUAUGUCAAAGGUAUCCUAUCUUUGACCUGUAAUAUUCAGUUAUGGAGAAAAAAAGUGCAGUUAAUCCUGGACACUUGAUUAGCAGCACCAGUCUGCUACUUCGCCUCUUAAUUCCUAUGGAAGCAGUAAUGUUUUUCACAUGUGGCUUCCUAAUUUUUAGAUUUAUUUUUGUUAAAUAAAUCACGACACGGUGUAAUAUGUCAUGUGUUGUUGUUCAUCUGAGGUUAUAUUUACCUCAUUUUAAGACCUGCUAUGGAAAAGGCGAUUGUUAUUAUGUCCUGAUAUGUAAAACCUUAGAAUUCAGAGAGGGUGUACUUUCUUUUUCCCGUGACGGUAUCUAAUCCACAAUACCAAAGAAGUAUGGGCACUCACGGGUCUUGUUUGCAAAUCAAUAUUUACACUUUUAUUCUGUAUCACCAAUAAUGAGAAAUGUCAACAUUUUGGAACUCGCCAGGUCCUUUCUAUUCUCUUUCUCAUGACACAGGCAGCAUUCAUGCGCAUAUAAUCAACAGACAAGUGAGUUUACAAAAAACACAGUGAUGGCUAGUGAUCAUUAUCAAACAUCAAAAUAUAAAUUCUCAAAUUGUCAUUUGUACUGCUCAGGACCAUAACAAAAAGGCAGAAAUAUUGGAUAAGUAGGGAAAGGCUUGGUGUCGGUAGAGGCAGUAGUAGGGGGACACCCUAUAAUAAACCUGUCUGACACAGAUAAUAGAGUGUUGAAGGGGUUUAUAAACUCCGAGCUUGAUUUUAUCCAAUCUACUGUGUAUCGGAGUACCCAUGCAAGGCUAAAGAAUUUAAUACAGGGACCGUUUAGACCUCCCAAGCAAUGGGGUUGUUGCAACUUCAACAUCUUAUUCUGGGACGAUUACCUGUCAAGAUCAACUGGCAGACUUGGAAGGCAGUUUAGUAUUCUAUGUUUUUUUUUUGUUUUGUUUUUUUAAAUCUUUAUUUUUGUGUUGACAUAGAAGUAAACCAUCAGUACAGUAUACCAGAGCUUGCGCAGAAGCCAUAUUGAGGCAGGGUGUCUCUUAAGGUAUAUCAUAGUUUGGGUACAUUUUUCUUAACAUUCCUGCGGUGUUUCUUGAUACAGUACAGCGUCUUUUUAUGUAGUCAACAUUUUGUAUUGUUACAUAUAGUAUAAACAAUAAUCAAACAACAAACAAUAAAGUAACAUGUUAUAUAAUUAAAAAUGUUGUUCUCUAUGCGUUUAGAGGUGUAUUCGUUUUGCUCUUGCUGCUGUGAGUGGUUAGGUCUCGUUAUAUGGGAGGGCACCAUUGUUUGUGUGUUUGUAUACCCUUUGACUCUCCAGUUUACGUGUCCUAUUGUUCCCACAACUCCCAUGUCCUACUAAAGCUGGAGGUGGUGUUACGCACUUGUGCUGUGAGUUUGUCCAUAAGGUAAUUGUCCCUGAUUUUGGUGAUUACUAUAGACAUGUGUGGUAUUUCUGGGCUUGCCCAUUUUUGUGCCAGUGCUCUUCUUGCUGCUAAAUUUAUCAUGUUUAGUAGUUUUUGCUCAUAUCUGUUGAACCCCUCUUUGGGUCUGGAGAGGAGGCAACUCUAUAGGUCUCUGGAACACUUGGGUGCUUAUAGCUGUUACUCUUUCCCAGUAUUCCUUGACUUUUGGGCAGUGCUACCACAUAUGUAUAAAGCUCCCUUUGUUCCCGCAUAGAUGCCAGCAGGUGUCUGUGGGGCUCAAUUGCAUGUGAUAUUGUCUUACUGGCGUCAUAUACCACCUAAAUAGCAUCUUGUAACUGUUCCUGUUAUGUAACACACAUGGACAUUUUGGUGCAUGCUUCCCAUAUCUCCUGCCAGUCCAUCUCCUCAAGCGUCUCCCCCAGGUCUUCUUCCCAUUGCUCUGUAUAUCUAAGUGGUCCCCAUUCACCUGAUUCUGCACCAAUGUGCUGAUAUAGUAAUGUGAUCAACUUAGUCUGUGUCGACUCUUUGUAGCACAACCUCUCAAAGAAGGUCGUCGUUAGUUUUGCUGCAGUUCGUAAAGUGUAUUCUAUGGUUUUAAAACAAGGGGGAGGUAUUCUUUUUAAUAAGGUUUACUUAACUCAUAUAAGUGGGUGAGAACUUUACAUGAGUGAAGUUGUGACAUUGUUUUGCCGAUUGUAGGGUUGAAGUUUAAAGAGUACGGUAUAUCGUCAUGGAUACACAAAGGCUAUAUCAGUGCCGCACAGUACUUGAGCUUUGGUGAAGUUAACAGAAAAAUCCCUGGACUUAAAAUCCAUAAUGGUUUGUCUAAUACACUGCCAGGAGAUUACAGGGUCAGACACAUCGAAAAGUAUGUCGUCAUCAAAUGCUGUAAAUUUUUGGAGUCAUUCUACCCACACUGACUCUGUUCUGUUUAAGCCAUCAGGGGCAAAUGAGAACAAAAAUGUCUGUGCCCAGAUAUUUGGCACACUACAUAUCUCCACACACUCUUCCUGUAACCAACCUUCAUCAUCAGUUGCCUUUUAAGCUAUUAUAUUAUGCUACGAACAUCCAACAAACUGCCAGGACCUAGUAUAAAACAAGCAAAUAAACAUUAUGUAAUGUAUGCAAGUUUUUUUAAAUUAAUUUAUCUUUGUGUAUUUUCCUUAAAGGUUAAAAACCAAGGGCAUUGGAGUCAAGGGUUAAAGGUGUCCAUGCAGGAUCCAACAAUGCAGGUACUCCUUCAGUUUUGUAGAAAAUAUAUUAUUUGAGACAUAAAUUCUAAUUAUGAUGUUUGCGUUAGUUUUUUUUAAAUGUAUUUAUAGAAAUUGCAUAAGCUCUAUAUUUCAGUGGUAGAUAACAAUAUAGAGGAAUAGUUCGAGAAGGCAGAUAUUUAUGACAGGAGGGGAAAUAAAACAACAAAAUCAGAAAUAAGGCCUUUUUUUUUUUUUUUGAAAGGGGUAUGAAUAGAUUAUAUGGGUCUGUUGGCUUUUAUUUCUCAACUAAAUCUAUGUUUGUAUAUCUAAGUGAUUGCUAUAAAAUCUAAUAUGCUUAAAUAUUUUAUUUUGGAGGAUACAUUUCAGCAUUUAGUAUUUAUGUUUUUUGUUUUUAAAUACAUAGAUAUUUAGUUUUUGCCUAGAUCAGAUUGAAGUUUGUGUGAAUAUGUAUUAAAGGGACGAUAUAGUCUCCCAGACAGCUUUAUCUCAAUGAAGUGGUAUUGGUGCUAUGUUCCUCUCGUUGUAAUGAUGCAAUGUAAAAAACAUUGCCGUUCUGCAGGGACAUCAAUGUUUACAUUGCAGGGUUUAAAUGUCUUUAGUGGCUGACAAACUAACAGCCAUUAACAGCUCUUUCACGGAAAUAGCCGAGUAAAACUCAGCUAUUCUAAUCAUAUGGUCUCCAGGAGACCAUCGGGUUUGCGUAGCGCUGCGUUUUGCCAUGCAUGCGCACUAGCCUCCCAAUUUAAGAUAAGUAAAAUACCUUUUUAUCCCUUGUGGAUGGGGCAGGGGGUCAUCGAAACUACGAUUAGGACACUACACUGUUAGGAAUACACAUUUGUUUUCCCAUCCCCAUAGUGUUUCUUUAAGGCGUAGACUAUGCAAUGUGUGAGCAGAAUUGCCAAUUGGUAUAUACUUUAGAACAUGCGCAAGCUCCCUCCGUAAUGGUCUCCACAGUGGAUGUGAGCAGGUGUAAGUAGUAUGGUCGCUCAUGGCAAAUGGAGAGUUAAUGAAGGAGGAGUGAUUGGCAUUUAGACGAGUGGGUUCGGUUGAAUUUAAGGGGAGAUGGAAUGAGGGGACUUGGAGAAGAAGUGAUCAGAUUGCAUUAGUGGAGAUUGCAUUAGAUUUAAGGGCAGUAGCAAAGACAGGAAAAAAUAGGGUAAUUGUACAGAUAUGUAUUACGUGGAAGUCUAACUCGCCCGCCUCCCCCAGCAUGUUGGUCAGAAAAAAACAAACUGUCCCUCGCUAUACUGAUGAAGCAGGAAGGUGCAAUUCUAAAAUUAACCCCUUAAGGACACAACUUCUGGAAUAAAAUGGAAUCAUGACGGAAUAUUUCCGUCAUGUGUCCUUAAGGGAUUAAGCUAAUUACAGGUAUUUAAAAAUAGAUUUUCUAGAAUAUAUAUCUUUAAAUAGAAACAUUCCAAAUACAAGUUCUCUAGUCAUAUUGCUAUGUGAAGUAAACACUUUAAAAUCAGCUAUCUUGUUAUGUAAUUUCACUGGGCAUUGACAUUGACCUUAUCUCUGGGAACAGAGCAAUCACAUUGGAUGUUAUCACUCCAUACUACCAUAGACCUUGUAUUCCCUCUGAGCUACCCCAGAGAACGGCCUUGAACAUGUACCCAUUCGGUGCUAAUAUUUUAUUAUCUGUGACCUUUUACUUGGUGCUUACAAAGCUAGAGGUAACAUGAUACACGUAAUGAGCAUUUCAUUUUACCAGGCAAUUUGUGACCAGAGCCAACUGGGUUUUUCAAUAAACUCCAAAACAUCUCCAAUCUUACUACAGUCACAUCAUGGCUAUUUUAGCUUACAUUUUAGCAAUUUCUGCCUAAUCUUAACACCCAUGAGCCUCUUAUUAUUAUUAUUUUAUUAUUUGUAUAGCGCCAUCAGAUUCCGUAGCGCUGUACAAUGGGUGGACUAACAGACAUGUAAUUGUAACCAGACAACUGGACGUACAGGAAGAGAGGUGGAUGGCCCUGCUCAAUGAGCUUACGUGCUGGAGAGAGUGGGGUAUAGUGACACAAAGGGUAAAAAAGGUUAAAAUGUUAUCCCCACAGAAACAGUUCUGCUUUUCUUAAUAAGCAAAAGUUUACCAGCUGAUGUAGGUAGAAACAAAGUUUAUUUUUUGGGAGUGAUCAUUAUACUAUAAAUGACUGCUAUUGCACUUUUACAGUUUAAAAAAUAUAUAUUCCUUUAGCAUUGCUUGAUUAUGACUAUUUGUGUUUUUUUCUCUUAAUGUAGGUUUUCAAGGAUGAUAAAUUAGUGGUGAUUAAAGAUAAAUACCCAAAAGCUCGUCACCACUGGUUGGUCCUGCCGUGGGAAUCGAUAUCAAGCCUGAAGGCACUAAGGGUUGAGCACUUGGAGUUGCUGCAACACAUGCAUUCUGUAGGCGAGAAGAUGAUACAGGAGCACACAAAACUCUCUAACACCAAGUUCAGAUUAGGGUACCAUGCCAUUCCGAGCAUGAGGUGAGCAAUCAAGAUGUUCUCAGCACACAGAUUUAAAUGGACACUCCAGACCCUUAGAGUACUUUAGAUGCUAAAAAGCUUUCAAUGUGAAGAGGGUGUCCUCUUUUUUUUUUCAUUUAGCAAAAAGUACAGAUUUGAAUAGAAAUUGACACUUCUAUACAUUAUACGCGUUACACCCCCCUUGGCUUUCAAGCAGACAAGAGGUCCUGUUACUUCCUGAUUGUUUAGCUCAGUGGAGCUAAACUCAAGAGGCAGCAAUUGCUCAGAGCACCUGCCUUGCAAAGGCUUCUCAGUGAGCUACAUUGGGAGGUCUUUGAUUGGGCGGGGUUAGAAGGGGGGGAUUUACAAAGGUAGCAGAAAAGAGAACUGCAGAUUUUGCAAGUUGUUUUUAGCUAUACCCCCAAUAAAAAAAAUGCAUAAUUAAAUACGUUUAUGCUUUCACUUGGGGUAUAUCCAAACAGUGCUUUUUAUUUAAUUUGUUUUUGGGCAGUGGAGUGUCCCUUUAAGAUUAGAUCAGAUUAGAGACUGUAUAUGUGGAAUCCUAUAGGCUGGAGGGUUUGUCUGCAGUAUUCACUCAGCAUCUCAGUCGUAACCCAGCAGUUUUUAACCUGUUUUGCUUGGUACUCAAAUUAUAUUUGCAGCAUUAGUGUUGUACAAUUAGCUCAGUCACCCGUUUUUCUUCUAACCUGUAAAACUCCUGGCACUGGACACCUGUACUACACUGAAUUUAUUUAGAGAACAAAUAUGAGCCAACAAAUAUUUUCUCCAUUCCCUAACUGUGUUUAUUAAAACAGGAACAUUUUAAAACCGGAUAAUUCAUCUUUACCAUUUCAAUUUGUGUACUGCGAGUGCUAAAAUUAGAUUAGAUGUGAUAGAGCGUACAGAUCACUGAUCUUUUUGAUAAAUGUAGCAUAACUCAAGCAGUGGCACAUUACGUUCCAUUUGAUUAACUCUUCAGUCUGUGAAGGCUACACUUAAAGUGAAUGCUUUUAGAAUGAGUAUUGCCAGUAUUUAACUACAUAGACAUCUUGCCUGAGGGGACAGUGAGCAAUGAAACACUGUACCAGUUUCUGUGACACCUAUAUAGUUACAUAUGGAAGAAAAACUAUAUUUUUUCUUAAUCUCUGUCUAUAUGUUAGAAUGAAAAGCACACACAAGUACCUUUUAUAAUGUAUCAAAUUACUCCUACAGGGUUAUUCGCUAAAGUGAGAAUGUAAAGUGAAUUUCAAAUAUAAGACCUAAGUAGCCAAACUUAGAGAAUGUUUCCCGUUCAGCUAUUUUGACCUUAAAGUGAUACUCCAGGCACCAAAACAAUUUUAUCUAAAUGAAGUUGUUAUGGUACCAGAAGGCCCCGAGAAGCACACUUACUUCAAGGGGUUAAACCAGUCUCGAACAGUUUAAUCCCUAAGUUGCCUUCAGUGGCGUUGUCCACUCCCCACAGGCGGCAUCCGGCUUCAGCAAUUUCAGAUUCAGGAAGCGUGAAGUGCCAACGGGCAGAGGCACAGCUGAUUGGCUGAGAGCGGUUAGCUGACGCUUUCAGCGAAUCAGUGACUCCGCAUCACAAAACUGGCUUGGAAAGAAAUGUUCCUUUGUUGAAAUUAAAAACCAAAGUAAAAAGUUACUUGUGCACUAUCAUAGGGAUUUGGGAUAUUUUGUUGUAUGUAUUGGGGCUGAUGUGUACUGCAGUCAUUGCUGCCGGCCAGUAGUAGUGGGAGUUUGAGCACAGGGCUUGAUUUCGUAUGUUAAAACAUUUUUUUUCUUUAUUUAGUCACGUUCACCUACAUGUCAUCAGUCAAGACUUCGACUCACAGUGUCUUAAAAACAAAAAGCACUGGAACUCUUUCACCACAGAUUACUUUUUGCAGUCUGAAGGUAAGGAAAGGUUAUUGUACAAAAGAUGCAUCACAACUCUCAGCCAGCAACUGGCGGCCGUUUCUUAUCUAGAAUAUGCCGUUGCUGCCAUACCGCUCUGUGAUACAUUCAGCUCAUUUAACACUUAGCUGGGUUAAUCACAAAAAGUGAGAGAAUUGCUGGGAAUUCAAAGUGAAUCUUACAUUUAAGGCCAAAAAAGCCCAAUUGAAAACAGAAUUGACUUUUUUCAGGUUUGCCUAUUUUGGCCUAAACUUUAAAAUUCUCCUUAAAUUCACAGCAAUUUUUACUUUAGUGAUUAACCCUGUAGCUUUGUUACCAUCAAUCCUUGAUACAGACUUCUAGAAAAACGCUUUUCCUAUUGCUAAUCUUUCACAUUGAAUAAAUGACCAUUACCAUUGCAUGUAGUAUGUGCUCAUCUUGGAGUAAACAGAAGCAAUGACAUGUUCUAUUUUUGCCAGCAAGUUACCAUGAUAUUCUCCUUGUUGGCAGAUGUGAUUGAGAUGGUAAAGCUGAAUGGCAGAGUGACCGUGAAGAACGGGGUGUCCGAGCUCCUGAAAUCUCCUCUGCAAUGCCACGUGUGCAAGCAGCCGCAAUCGACCAUUCCUCAACUGAAAGAGCAUCUGAGGAAGCACUGGGCCCAAUAGCUAUGCAAACUCAAGGCUUGUAGGACACUCAGAGACUCGGUUAUUUAGCAAAGGUUUGUUUCAUCAGUUUUUAGGUUGUUGUCCAGUUAUUGUCCCAUUAAAAAAAGAAAAAAUGUUUCUUGUCUUAAUGUACUAGUGGGUAUUAAAUUCCUAUGAAAAUGUCAUGUCACAUAUUUGUAGGAACAAAACACGUUACAUUUGGGAACUAACUAAUAUAUGUUUUUUUGUUAUAAAUAAAACAAUGCAGCCCAUUUACCAAUUUGGUAUGUGUAUUAAUGUGGACAACAAUAAAUGGCACAGCAGCCCAAAUUGUGGGACAUACAUGUCCUGUCCUGCUAAAGAUUAGUGGGAGUUAUAUUUCCAGGCCUUAGCUAUAGCUGCCACCAUUCAUUAAGCCCUACUACCAUUUCUGACUUGCAGUGAGAGGGGGCGAUUAGGCAAAUUAAUUCUGUCUCUUCAGCUCCUCUUCUGGAAUGUCUAAUGGGAGAGGGGUAUUUUGGGGUUCUGUAGACAAUGUAACCUUCAGUCUUGCAGUUUGUGUCCUGGAAAACAUGGUGACAAUUUUUUGCCAACUCCCUCGUCCAUGGAACUAACACAAUCACUCUCCCACUACUCUUUCAUCCUGUUGUUAUUUACUUUUUCACACUAUCACUGCCCCUUCUCCACAACACCUCUUAGUCACUUUUAGGUUUUCACUGUCAUUGUCCAUCUUCAUUCCCCUUCUUGUCACAUGCCACUAGAAUUUAUGUUAUUUUAAAGUCCCUCAUAGUGUUUCUUUCCUUAUCCCCCAUGUCCAGUGGCUGGAGCACAGCAGUAGGUAGCUAUACAACUUCUAAACACAGGUGUGUUGUAUAGAGCUGAAACAUGUCUACAUCUGGCAAUGCAAGGCUUAGCUCAUUGGCUGAGAGUGAUCAGCUGACAUUCUCAGCCAAUGAGCUAACAAAUUCCUGCUUCGGAACUUCCAGCUCUCUGUCAUGAAUAGUGGAGGCGAUGAGUGGCGCAUGGAGGAUGACAGGUUAGACGUUUAAAUAAAACCCAUUCUAAAACAAUGGUAUAAGUAUGUUUAUUCAAUAUGCUAAGUUAAUCCGUACAACCGGUAAAAAUAUACAAAGUUUAUAUUAAUGCUGUGCAUUGAAUAAAGUACGCUUCAGUAAAAUUUAAUUUUUCUAUUACAAGCAAGAGCAUGAAUAUAAAUUUUAUAUAUAUAUAUAUAUAAAUAUAUAUUCAUUCAUUCCCUUGACGUUAAAGGGACACUAUAGUCACCAGAACAAUGUUGGAUAAAAGCUUAUUGCAUUUGUUCUGGUGAGUAGAAUCAUUACCUUCAGGUCUUUUGCUGUAAACACUGUAUUUUCAGAGAAAAUGCAGUGUUUACAUUACAGCCUAGUGAUAACUUCACUGGCCACUCCUCAGAUGGCUGUUAGAGAUCCUUCCUGGGUCAUGGCUGCCUAAAAUGCAUCCAAACAUUCAGUAUCUCCUCCUUCUGCAGGCAGACACUUAGCAGAUGCUGAUUGGCCAGGGCUGUGUUUGAAUCAUGCUGGCUCUGCCCCUUUGUCAGUCUCAGCCAAUCCUUUGGGGAAGCAUUGUGAUUGGAUCAGGAUCUGUGGUUUUGGAGCGGUUAUAAUCUUGCUUACCUGGUGUUCCUCACUCAAGAGCUGCCAUUUUCCUAGGAUUCAUGGUGUUUCAGUCCCAUAACACCCACACUGUGGGUCCUCUGCUGUGGUUGGCACUGCUUAGGGAAGUGUCCUCCUCAACCCUUAGCAACACUCACAUUCCCUCUUCACUGCCACCAUCAGAACGCCCCUUACUCCCAUUACAAGGGGGUGUAGCACAGUAACAGGAAAUUGUAAGGGUUCUCCUACUCUCCAUGUCACCCAAUUCUCAGGUUAAAAGUAGGAUUAAAUUGAAUGAUCUUUAUUUUGCUUUAAAGUAGUUUUUUAAUGAAAUCUUAUUUGUUCAUAGCCAUCCCUCGCAGGGGUUGAUAAUUUCCAGCGGUUUGCAAUGUAAGUAUAGAAAGAAUGUGGGACAAUCAGUCGCCCCACUCCCAGGCCUCCGUCAUAAAGUGUUGUGCUAGGGAACCACAAGCUUUUCCUAGUUUUCCGUGGGGGACCCCUUAUGUGUUAUUCCUUUGAGCUUUUGUUGUAUCGGGUGUUCGAAUGUCCCUAGUGGUGGUCAGGCAUCUAGGAGGGAGUUAGCGCCAGGAACACGGGUGCGGGGGAUCUGCCUUUGCUGGGGGUGGAAGGGUAGAGAAGAAUGGAAAGAUAUUUCGUAGUAGUGAUAGUAGAGUGGGGCAAAGAAGAGGGGAAAAAAAGGAUGGGGGGAAUGGGGAAGAGUGAGAGGAGAAGGGACGUGUCCACCCUCAGCCACCUCCCCAAGGGUCAGUGCAGCUAACUGAUCUGACGUCUCACCUGGUAUCUGCCUAACCAGAAGCUAGGUCUCUCCCGAGGUUAUCCGUAGACAUGUGAUCUUUAAUUUGAACCUAAGUAGUGUGGGUACACAGAUACACAUUUAAAGUAAAUUAUUUUUGUGCCUCCUCAUUUUUGCAUUAAAAACAAAGUCAAAAGAUGAAUAAACUCACCCAUAGUGUAACAAAAAAAGUAUUUUAAUAUACACCUAAAUAAGUAAAGCAAUGAAAUCUCUUCCAGUCAAAACAUAAAAAGGGUUAUUUAAAUAUAUCCAGCAUGCAUGCCAUCUUGCAGUGUGGGGAGUCCUCACUGGCUACGGUUAUAAUGUAUGCAGCACUGCAGGGGAUCAGUCUACCUCUCGUAUUGUACUUAAUGUCCCAUAGAACGAGGGGCAAGGUAAGUUGUCAUGUUACUGAAGAAGGCUCAGUUUCCACUGCACGUUUUUCAUAAGUUUUGGAGCAACAAACAGCUCAGCAUCUGCAACAAAAGAUGGAAAUAAGAAUUAAACGGACAAGUAAUUAUUACCAGAUCAUUUUAUUUCAUUAUAGGAAAAUAUAUUUAGUGGAUGGAAAACCACGAUUUGUUACUUGUAGAUUUAUUUUACCACAUGUCUGAUCACAGAGCUGUACUUUAAAGGUUUCCUUAAAAUGACAUAAACCUGUUUUACGUUCUAGAUAACGAUAUAUAAUCUAUGUCUUGAUGUGUAGAAACUGAUACUAUUGCUGUUCAGUUUAGAAUUUAGCCAAUGGUGUAGCUAUCGAAAUUCCAAAUAUGGUCACUAAAAUGAAUGCACUCCCAUCUGUUUCUUCUCAGAAUCUGAAGUGAUUCUGUAGUAAAAAUUAGUAGGAGGCAUUAAUUUGAAAUGAGAACCAAUUGUAGGUUGCCAGGGAUCCCAGAUACAUUUCUAUAUAUGUGAUUAUGUUGGAUAAAAGCGAUCUGCAUAUAUGUAUCUCAUCCUACCACUAUGCACUAUAAAACCUUCACCCCCAAUGUGUCAGAAUCCUUUCUGCCAAGCUCUUACCUUGUGUUGGAUUAUUUAUCUUCCCUUGUUGCUGGUAAGAAUUCAUAAUGCUGUUUGCAGUUGAAUGAGGUCCGAGCACCUAGAAAAUGACAGCAAAUGGAUUUCACCUCAUCAGCUCCUCGGUAUCAGUUUGUAAAGGAACACGUUCAUGAAAUACGGAUUAUGCUAUUUAAAGUGGCACUGCCUCUGAAAUUGUAUAUACGUUAAAGUGAAAGGCACUUUACAAUCCCUGUAAUUUCUAGCUUUCUCAGGGGUUUUGCUGCACUACCAGUGUUCUAAUUAUUAAUUUAUUAGUCUUACGUGGACAUUGCAUUCAGCUGUUGGCAGUUAUAGGGCAAAUAUUACUCUUAUAAAUCUUACAAAAAUUGGGACGUGCGAACUCUAAUAACACGUGCCAUCACUAUACAGAAAGCUUAGAAAUCUGCGAUAUAUUUGUAGAAAAUACAGAAGUCGGCAUUUGCCAGUGCAGUUCAGGAUGUUGAUGAACCCCGUAGGUUCAUACGGAUUUAAACAAAUGCAGUCAGUAUGGUUUAUAUACCUUUAUAAUAAUUAAACCACAUAAGUAUGUAAGCUUAAUGUAGCAGCUUUUGUGUAUAGAUCAUGCUCCUGUAGUCUCACUACUAAUUUAAGAGUUAAAUAUCUUUUCUCUGCCAUUUAGGAGUGAAAUCACUUUAGUUUCUGUUUAUACUAGCCACACAACACUAGCUCUGACUCUCUCACCCUGCAUGAAACUAAUGGUUUUAUUUUAGAUUAGAUGUAACGUGUAUUAGAAUUUAUCUCCUGCUCUGUAAAUUGAACUUAUAUCACACACAGGAGGCUCUAUAAGGCUAUUAACAGAGCAGUAGAUUAUAAAUUCUAGAUUAAACAGACUGGAACCUAAAAUAUCUAGGUGCUUUUUUUUCAGCAAGUGUUUUUUUUUUUUUUUAAGGAAGGCUGUGCAAGUCACAUACAGGGGGGUAUGACUAGGGCUGCAUAAACAAAGUUAUUUAACUCCUAAAUGGUAAAGAAUUGAGCAGCAAGACUGCAGGGGCAUGAUCUACACAGCCUCAUUAAGCUAAAGUUGUUCUUAUGCCAAUAGUGUCCGUUUAAUAUUAGUAAUGUACAUCCCAGUGGAGAUAAAUUAUAAACUUACCGGUGUUGCAGUGCUUGGCAGGAUACUCGAAGUCCAGAUUUCUGGAAUGGAUGACUCCAUGAGCUGUAGUAACUCAUCAUAUGUCUGCUGGAGCUCUCUCGACUGACCAUCAAAUUCAAAGAGAACAAGUACUUUCAACAGGCUGUGAAUCUCACCUAAUCAGAUAGACAACAUGAUAGAAUGGGAAAGGAUACACGGAGUUUAAUUUGCAAAGAUAAGCGGAUUAAUUUUUUAAAACUAUUUAUUUGAUAUUUCGGUUGAUAACAUUAUUGAGUCUUUCAUAAUGAUGUCAGUAUUUAUUUUACAAAUAAGCUGUAUAGGGGGUCUAAGGUGUGUGUUUUCAAACAAGAUGUAGAAAAGCAUACCUAAGCCAGGAAAUCGGAGAUAUAACACAACUAUUUAAUAUCACUUAAGCAGAAUGAAGCUUGAAUUAUAGGCCAGUGGAAAGUGGAGCAUGAAACUGCACUACGGUAGGAGGGGGACGAAAACUUGCCAAAGGUUCUUGGGAUUCUAUGAAGGAUCAAACUUGUUCAGGUCUCACUUCAGUGAAUAACCCUGUAUACGCACAGCCAUGAUUAAAGAAAACGGAAGAAAUUGAUAAACAAUGAACUUACCCAGUUACCCUAUAACUUAAUGCAUACAAGAUUCCAACCCGUAAAAUGCUAAACUAUUCCUUCUCUAAAUACAUCAAUAUACCCAUAAGCACUGUGGCCCAUCCAAGCCAUGGCCAUUGGCAGCUGAUCUCCUAUGCUGGAUAAAAGUAAAUUACUAUUCUAAUGAAGUGAUGAGCAGUAUAUAUUUUAAUUGUGUAUUUAGUAUAAUGCUAUCACUUACUUCUUAGUUUAUCGGUCGCACGGAUGUUCUCUCCCAAAGCUUCCAACAGAGCCACGUCUUCCAGAGGACUUCCUUCUUUUAGGCUGUGCUUCUUUCUCUCUGCUUUUCGGCGGUUCUUUGAUGACCUCCUGCAUAAGAAAAAAUUAGGAGGUUGCUAUUCCUCAAAAGCCCACACAGCACACAUAGAUAGGUUUAAGAUAAAAACUUAAGAAGAUUCUCUCAGCUAAUCCUAGUCCUCCCUUAGGUUUCAAGGGGUUUGCAGUGGACGUAUAUACACAAUAGUGCUGCUUACUUAAAGGGACACAACAGUCACCAAAACAACUUUAGCUUAAUUAAGCAGUUUUGGUGUGUAGAUCAUGCCACUGCAGUAUUCGCUUUGAUUAGAGAACCUCAGGAAACAAACUUACGAAGAGAUCCUUGAGUUGCUAUGGGAGUACUUUCCACUCAUAUCACUUGCAGUCAUGAUGCUACUGGUUUCAGAGAACAAGUCCGAGUCUGGCCCCUCAGUGACUUCCUCAUCUGGGACAAUAGAGGACAGAUUAAUCAGACACAAUGUACAUCAAAGAACAUAUCUAUGCUUUAUUUUUUGAGGGAAGUGCCAUCACCAAAGCGCAAUAAAGUUGACAAUAAAAAAGGAAGCUAUUCACUAUUAAAGGUAGAGAAAUCGGGAAGAGCUUAUACAUAUUGACCAUGCACAACUUGUAUUAACUGAACAUGUUCGGGAUUUUCCAGUUGUCGGAUCAUUAGACAAAAAGUGAUUGUCAAAGUGUUCAUCACGGCGAGGUUUGGGAAGCAAAGGUACACUAUACAUUUGUUCUAUAACUUUACAUUGUGACAGCUAAACAUGCAACACAGGAGGACAAAAUAGUAUCAAGGACUGAGCCAUAUGUUUUAGGAAAAGAGAAAUGGUUAAAGUGUAUGACUUGUUAAAGGAGAUAGCAUAAAGAUGGCUGUACUGGUAGGAUGAAAGACAUGUAACUGUGGGCAUUACGAUAUUAACUGUAGCCAAAAGUUAAUUGCUAUAUGAUGAUCGUAGCAAAUAGGCCAAAAAGUAUGAGCACCAUGGAAUGUUGUGCUUUAAGGAAUUCUGAGGAGUGAGAUCUCUGUUGUUGGGCAGUGGGGAGAAUCGAAGCUACAUUGGAUAUCGAAUGAAAAUCCCCUUUCUCUCUAAACUCAAUUCCAGGUCUUAAAAUAUCGAUAUUUCUACUUGCCGUGGCUGAAUUUUCAAUGGCCGGUGGAUGUUUUGAGUCCUUAU